GUCCAGAAACUAAAUACUUCACAGCUUAGACUGCUUUUAAUAGUUUUAAAAUAAUUUCCAACUUUCAGUUUUUUGUGGAGAAAUUGUAAAUGGAAGCGCAAGAGGAGAAUGCACGUGAAAAUCAACAGACACCGUCACGUUCAAACUGGGGUGCUGUCAAGACGUUCAUCAUUGAAAGUAAAAUUGAUUCUUUAUUAUGGAUAACAAGAAUAUGCACAGUUGUGAAUGUCAUAUGGUAUUUGAUACCCCUAAUAAGUCCGUUUUCAAGUUACUCAUGCUAUAGAAGAGCUCUUAUAUGCAAUGCAGCUGUUUCCGCAUUGCGACUUCAUCAACGGUUACCGAAUUUUCGUUUCACAAGAGAAUAUCUUGGUCAACUAUUGUUAGAAGAUAGUUGUCACUACCUUAUAUAUAGUUUGAUGUUUCUUUAUUGUGCCUACCCUCUUACUCCUGCCUUAAUUCCGUUGGGGGUGUUUGCUCUACUUCAUACCUCGUCAUUUAGUAAGAAGUUACUUGAUGUUUUAGGUACAGCUGGGGUAUUUGGGAUGGCACUUGUCAGUUGGAUAAGAAAAGGUGUUGAAAAACUUCAAGGCAAUCAAAUUGCAUUGUUGCGUUUUAUUGCAUCGACGGAGAUUAUGCUAAUGCCAUUAACAGUCGUUUUAGUAAUAAGUGGCGUUGCUGGUCUGUUACUGCCGUUCGUCUAUUAUAAAUUUUUGACAUUUCGAUACGCCUCGAGGAGGAACCCAUAUUCAAGAAUGUUAUUUGGUGAAUUUCGUUUGGUUUUUCAACAUUUAGCGAUGCAUGAAAGAUGUCCGAAUUUUAUUCGUAAUAUAAUAUUUUCGUUUAUUCGCUUUAUAUCAAAUAUGGCACCGGCUGUGGCAACAACGACAAACACCGGUACGACUAAUUAACAUUGUUGACGGAGUUGAA